CUCGCGGUAGGCGCCGGACUGCCAGUGCGCCUGCGCGUGGGUAGAGCGCCGGGGUUCUAGGCUGUGCUGCGCCGGGCGCUGGGUGUAGCCAUGCAGAGUGCCGACUCCCAGCAGCCCUCCAAGCGACCCCGGCGCGAUGGCAGCCCGACAACCCCGCCAAACACCCCUCCAGCAGCGGCAGAGAGGUCCCCGGGCCCCAACCUCCACCCUGACCACCGGACCUGGGGCCCGGAGCAGGUGUGCUGCUUCCUAAAUCGCAGUGGCUUCGGCGAUUCUGAACUGCUGGAACGCUGCCGAGAGAAGAAAAUCACAGGUUCAAUACUGCCCUUUCUUGAUGAGUCUCUUCUUGAAGAUCUUGGAGUAAGUUCCUAUGAAAAGAGGAUGAAACUCCUUAAUUAUAUCCAACGACUGGGUCAAACUCAUGUUGAUACAGUGAAGGUGAUUAAUGAUCCUAUCCAUGGUCACAUUGAACUCCACCCUCUCCUCAUCCGAAUCAUCGAUACACCACAGUUUCAGCGCCUGCGAUACAUUAAACAGCUGGGAGGCGGUUACUAUGUUUUUCCAGGAGCUUCACACAAUCGAUUUGAGCAUAGUCUAGGUGUGGGGUAUCUGGCAGGAUGUCUUGUUCGUGAACUGAGUGAAAAACAACCUGAGCUGCAGAUAAGUGAACGAGAUAUGCUUUGUGUUCAGAUUGCUGGGCUUUGUCAUGAUCUUGGUCAUGGGCCGUUUUCGCAUAUGUUUGAUGGAAGAUUUAUUCCACUUGCUCGCCCAGAUGUGAAAUGGACGCAUGAACAGGGCUCAGUUAAUAUGUUUGAGCACCUGGUUAAUUCUAAUGGACUCAUAGAUGUCAUGGAACACUAUGGGCUCAUCCCCGAAGAAGAUAUUUGGUUUAUCAAAGAACAAAUUACAGGACCACUUGAAUCGCCUGUCAAAAAUGCCACGUGGCCAUAUAAAGGGCGUCCUAAAGAAAAAAGUUUCCUUUAUGAAAUAGUGGCAAAUAAAAGAAAUGGCAUUGAUGUGGACAAAUGGGAUUACUUUGCCAGGGACUGCCAUCAUCUUGGAAUCCAAAAUAAUUUUGAUUACAAGCGCUUUAUUAAAUUCGCCCGUGUCUGUGAGGUAGAUAAUAAGAAGCAUAUUUGUACUAGAGAAAAGGAGGUUGGAAACCUGUAUGACAUGUUCCACACACGCAACUGUUUGCACCGCAGAGCUUAUCAACACAAAGUCGGCAACAUCAUUGAUACAAUGAUUACAGAUGCCUUCCUCAAAGCAGAUCCUUACAUAGAGAUAAUAGGUUCUGAAGGAAAAAAGUAUCGCAUUUCUACAGCAAUUGAUGACAUGGAGGCCUUCACUAAGCUGACAGAUAAUAUUUUUCUGGAGAUUUUAUACUCUACUGACCCCAAACUGGAUGCUGCACGAGCGAUUUUAAAAAAAAUCGAAUGCCGUAAUCUCUACAAGUUUGUGGGUGAGACCCAGCCAGGCAAACACGAUAAGAUUAAAAGGGAAAACUACGAAAGUCUUCCAAAAGGGGUCGCCAGUGCUAAGCCCAGUAACGUACAGCUAGAAGCUGAACUGAAGGCUGAAGAUUUCAUAGUGGAUGUUAUCAACAUGGAUUACGGGAUGGAAGACAAGAAUCCUAUUGAUAAUGUUCGCUUCUAUUGUAAGAGUGACCCCAACAAGGCAAUCAUAAUUACUAAAAAUCAGGUUUCACAGCUUUUGCCAGAGAGAUUUGCUGAACAGCUAAUUCGAGUUUACUGUAAGAAGACGGAUGAAAAGAGUCUGUUUGCUGCACGACAGCAUUUUGUUCAGUGGUGCUUAGACAAUGAUUUCACCAAGCCACAGGAUGGUGAUGUUGUAGCCCCACUUAUAACGCCUCAAAAAUUGGAGUGGAAUUCCACGCAUUCAGACCAGAGUCAAGCUCGCACCCGAGAAGCAUCCAAAUCCAGAGUCCGACUUUUUGCAAAGGACUCGGUGUGAACGUCUGCAUUCAGUUAUUUACAGAAAGCUUCUCCCCGCCCCCCAAUCAAUUUAGGGCAUAUGAUCACAGAGCUCUACAAAUUUAGUGAUAACUAGUGCUUUUUAUUUUAUAUUUUGAAUGUACACACAUGCUCAUUCAUUUUUAUUCAGAGAAACAGGAAUUAGGCAAACCUUGUUACAUGAGCUAUGGAAAGCACUGCCUUGCCUAUUAUUAAUAUUAAUCGAAGCCUUUCUUCUUUAGCAGUCUAUUUUCUUAGAAUAACCACUCUUUUAUAUGCUUCUAACUCUUAUGACAUAUGAUUGUUUUUUUAAAAAAUUGGAAAUAAGACAAAGGUGCACACUGGAAUUUGCAGUUGGGCUUGCCAUGAACAGCUGUGGUUAAAAACAAAAGGUAACAUCCAAGCCCCCUGAGGAGGCACCCCUCACCCAUGAUUUGAGGGCAGCUCUCCUUCGACAGUCAGAACCUUAGUGAAGGGCACCUUGCUCACCCUCUCAGCUCCCGUAAGCUGCUGGGUUGGGGUCCACAGUAGGUGAGGGUGAAGAGUGGGCUCCUGCUCUUUGGUGAGAGGCUUGAUUGACUUGUUGAAAAGAUCUGAGGGCUCGACCUCCUCUGAAGUGGCACAUUAAACUACCUUAUAGGAGGCCCCCAGCCCCCAUGGCAGAGGGAUCCCCCAAACUGGAUUGUUCUUGGGGUCCACUGUGGCUCCAGCCUGGGUUAGUUUCUUUCUGUCCUGGUUACUAGCUGCCCAAGCCCUGAGGGCUUGACCACUGCCAUGCCUGCAGAAGGCAGCUCCCCUCCCACCUGCCCUCUGCAUCUUGCUUGGGUGCUGAUCAGAGGUCAUCCUCAGGGCUACUCAGAGCCGGGACUUCGUUCUUGCCAGUUCAGUGCAUUUCAUAGGUUUCAAAGCGCAGACUGAGCUGCCUGUGCUGAGAUGAAGUGAUCACCCAGUGAAUUUCAGGUUCCCCUUUGUGUCUCUACCUCUAGCGGUGGAGUAGGCCCCACUGUGGUUGAACAGUGGUCCUGAGCUGAGGGCACUCCCCCCCUGCCCCAACACACAUCCCCAGUGCUACAGAAACUUACCAAGAACAAAGUCUGGACUUAGAGCCAGAGCUGAUGGCUGCCAGGUGCAAGGCACUGGGGAGUGCAGUCACGAGCCCCUAACAUCUUAUGCUCUGACACACCCUUACAAUAGCGUCCCUGUCAGGCUGGGAGUGCAGAGCCAGCCCUGACUCCUCGGGCUGAGAGGAGGGGAGGAACUCAGACCACAGGCCAGUGGAUUAUCCACAGGGUCUUAGGAGUGCUGCCACCUUCCACUGUAUAACCAGGAUCUCUCUGUUGACAUGAGGGUGACAUGUAUUUGGAAUGUCUGCCGUCCUCCCUCAGUUAUCACGCCUCCCCCAUCCCUCUGUAGAUAAUCGAGAGUUGACCCUCAUUCAUAGAAUAGUUAAAACUCUUCUCUCCCACCACAAUGCUAUGUGGUGGGGACGUGGUCACAUGUGGGCUCAUAAACGCACAAGGAAAGUGGUUCAUGGUGCCGGGUCAUCUCUGUUUUGACCAAGGUGCCUCUAGAACAUUCAGUGGGGAGAAUUAUCCGUCUCAGACUUAAUGUGCCCAGACCCAAGGUAACGAAUGUAAUGUUUUUCUACUAAGAUUGUUUUAUUUUUGCAACUCCUACCUUUAAAUCAUUGUCUCAGUGUUGUAUCAUUUUGCUCUGAGAAACAACUUGAAUCUAUUUUGUUUGCAUCUUUUGUUACAUGUAAGGUAACUGCACUUUAUGCUCUUUGCAACUGUUUUAAUUAUGGGAACCAAGUGCCAUUUACAAGGUUAAAUUUUUCUUAAGAAGCAGCUUCACUGUUUGUAUAAAAACCAAGACUUUAACAGUUUGGCCUUUGGAGUUACUGAGUAUUGUCACCUUGAGAACAUAAAUAGAGCUGCAAGUUAAAGUGACUGGUUACUUCAUCUGGGUAAGGGAAACAACUGCAAUAAAGCUUCAUGAAUGUAUCUCCA